AAUCGGUUUCUCUAUCUAAAACACCUGACCACACCCUAAGUAGGACCCAGCUUCCUGUGCAAGUCCCUGAACGCCCCAUUAUUCUACAUCAAUUCAACAGGCAGCAGAGUGUCAGGAUUCGCCUCAAAACUACACCUGCGAGCCCAGCAGCAGUUUGAAUGUUGGCGUAUUGAUACAGCCUCAUGUGUGAGAGGGAAGGUGAAAGGUGUUUGGCUGCUUAUCCUCUUAGUAGCAUUAUGCUGAGCCUCGUACAACCCCUGCCAUGCGGUGCGCCCUUGUAGUUCCCCAAAAACCGGAGUCAGCAUCCCUGCGUCCGUUGCGCACAGCUGGAGGAGCAGUCCGCAGCGGCGCGGGGCCGAGCAGCCGGCCGCACAGUCCUUCCACAGGUCAAAGCUGAAGAUGAAACACACUUUGUGCGUACGUGUGCUUUUUUGUCUGCUGUUGGCUUCUUCAUACCACAUAAGAGCGCAGGCAUGACUAAGGAUUAGCAAUGCAUCUGACAUAACUUCCUGUUUGGAGUCGAGACAAUGAACGUAUACUUGCCUCAGAGGAGGAGACUAAGGUGCAGCCGCAUCCUCUUCUUUAUCUCAGGUGUGCUGCUGUGUUUCGUCUACACCUUGACUUUGAAGGCCAGGCUGUCACAGCCACUAGCCUCUGCCCAGACGGAUGAUGGAGCGGAGGUGGGUAGCGAUGAGCAUGUGGAGGUCAGCAUCCGGGAGUUGAUAGCGUCUAAUGAGACUGAGGAAACUAAAGCUACCCUGGUGAAAGUCGUCAACAGGACGGAUAUCGAACAGUGUAUCUAUGUAGAUCCCCAGCCUCCCAAACCGCCACCAACUCCACCGCCACUGACCACCGCAACUCCACACUACCCCCCAACCCAGCCACCUCACAGGAAGGGUGACUACCCAGAGGACUUGUUCUCGAUAGAGCAGCGUCAACAGGGCUGGGUGGCCCUGCACAUUGUAGGGAUGGUUUACAUGUUUGUCGCCCUGGCCAUCGUCUGCGAUGAGUUCUUCGUCCCUGCGCUGGAAGUCAUCACCAACAAGCUGGAGAUCUCAGAUGAUGUGGCUGGGGCCACAUUCAUGGCAGCGGGAGGCUCUGCCCCUGAGCUCUUCACCUCCCUGAUUGGGGUCUUCAUCUCCCACAGCAACGUGGGUAUCGGCACCAUUGUGGGCUCAGCCGUCUUCAACAUUCUCUUUGUGAUCGGCAUGUGUGCCAUCUUCUCUCGGGAGAUGCUGCACCUGACCUGGUGGCCUCUGUUCAGGGACGUGAAUUUCUACAUCCUGGACCUCAUCAUGCUUAUCAUCUUCUUCCUGGAUAACAUGAUCCUGUGGUGGGAGAGCAUCCUGCUGGUGCUGGGCUACAUCAGCUAUGUGAGCUUCAUGAAAUUCAACAGUCAGAUCGAGCAGGCGGUCAAGACCCAGCUUAACAAACACAUGAGCAUCGUUAAGGUGUGGACCACAGAGGAGCCAGAGAAGGAAAGUGAAGCACCACCACCUCCACCACCUGCUGCUGCUGCUCCAGCUGCUCCAGUUGCUGCGCCAAAAGUUGAAGAAAAAUCCAAACCAGAACCUGUACAACCUCCAAGCAGCCCUCAAAGCAGCAAACUGCUGCCAGACUCACAAGAUGACAAGACAAGACUCAAGGUGCGUCCAGCCCUGCAGCGAGGAGGCAGCUCAGCCUCCCUACACAACACCUCGCUUCGGAGCACCAUCUUCCAGCUGAUGAUUCAUACGUUGGACCCUCUGGGAGAAGAAGCAGUUGUUAGAGGGGCCGUUAAAACCCCUGGCCCCAGAAAAGUCAGAAGAGAAACAUCUUUUAAUGGUGAUGUUCGAGGGGAGGGGCCAGUACAGAGGAAAGCGAAGAACCAAGUAAAGCCUAUGAAUGUCCCGGUGACGGGCAAACUGCAGAGCAAGUCCCAUCACCACUGCAGCGAAGAUCCAGAUCAAAAGCCAAAGUCUGAGCAGCCAGCUGCUGCCGGUGCAUCAGAGGGAGCAGCUACUGCUGAGCCGUCCACCUCACAGCCUCCAAAGGCAGAAGAGACAACUCAGGAAACAUCUGACCGACCGGACGAAUCGAAGGCAGCAGCAGCAGCAGCAUCAGCAGGUGGAUCAGGGGGCUCUGAGGGCAGCGCUGAGGAUGAGAGUGGUGACGAAGAAAGCAGCGACUCGAGCGAGAGUGAAGAUGAUGGCGACAAUGAAGACAAGGAGGAAGAAGAAAAGGAGGAAGAAGAGGAGGAGGAGAACCAACCAUUGUCUUUAGGGUGGCCUGAAACCAGGCGCAAGCAGACGACAUAUCUGUUCCUGCUGCCCAUCGUGUUCCCGCUGUGGCUCACCCUGCCUGAUGUCCGCAACCUGGCAUCCAGGAGAUACUUUGCCAUCACCUUCAUAGGCUCCAUCAUCUGGAUUGGUGCUUUCUCCUACCUGAUGGUGUGGUGGGCUCAUCAGGUGGGUGAAACUGUGGGCAUCUCAGAGGAGAUCAUGGGACUGACCAUCUUAGCAGCUGGGACAUCUAUCCCUGACCUGAUCACCAGUGUGAUUGUGGCCCGGAAGGGUUUGGGUGACAUGGCAGUGUCCAGCUCAGUGGGGAGUAACAUCUUUGACAUCACUGUAGGUCUGCCGAUCCCUUGGUUGAUAUACACCCUGCUCCACAACGGUGAGCCAGUUAUGGUCAGCUCCAAUGGCCUGUUCUGCGCCAUUGUGCUGCUCUUCCUGAUGCUCCUCUUUGUCAUCAUCUCCAUCGCCGCCUGUCGGUGGAAGAUGAGCCGAAAGUUGGGCCUCACCAUGUUCGUACUGUACUUUGUGUUCCUCGUCCUGAGUGUUCUGCUGGAGGAUCGUGUCCUCAUCUGCCCUGUUUCCAUCUGAGGGAAACGGCACCGUCACACAAGACUUGGUACAUCCACACACGAAUGAUACUGUAAUAUAGGAUCUGUUAGAGAAAAGAACUGAGCCUAAUGUUAAAAGGCUGAUCAGGCACACACUAGAUGCUAAAUUAAAGGAAAAUUCUACGCUUAAUGUGGUUUUACAUAUUUAAUCUGACAUUUAAUGACAUUUAAUCAACAUUUUCCAGCAGCUCCAGUCUCAUAGUAAAGUCUUACCCUCCACCUUUUUAACUGAGUGUCUAAGCUCUGUGAAAUAUAUUCAACAUAUAGUGCAAAGAGAUGUACACUCAAUGAAAUAAGGGCUAGGAUGUUACUGUCUUUGGUAUGAAAUACAAUGAGAUAUCCAACCGUGGCCUCUGUUGGCAGGAACAAAGACUGCCACUAGGCUCCUACUGCUUUAGUAUGAGUAGUGGGAUUAAACAGCAGGCAGGGGUACAUUGAAAUGUUAGUAGAAGAGAUUGGAAAAUGUGAAGCUUAAAUCAUGGCUUUCAAGUUUGGAGGGUGUGUUUGGUAUUGGACAUGUGGCUUGCAGGAUUUGAUCCAUUUGUGCACAUGUUCAGCCGGUAAUCAGCAAUCUGACUUUAUUGCCCACAAAGAAGUGAUUAUUUCUAACAUAUUGUUUAAUAGUUACCAAUAGGAGUCCACUGGGAGUGCACUGAAGCAAGCCCGACUACUGUGUGUCCAUAUUUCCAACAUUUCCAACAGUUUUUUAAUGAAAAACGGGAAAACGAUUAGACUUAGCCGCUUAGUCUGCAGGCGCGUGAUUAGAAAGCUAAGUGGUCACAACUAUUUUUCUUUGUGGUUUAAAAGCAACUACCAUUGCAACUAUCAUUUUCAAAGUUCAUUACUAGCCAUACUGUGCAACAUGGAUUUAAUCAACUUAAGAGACACAUUUGAUUAGUGUAGAUUGUACACUGGAUGAUGUUACCUGCCGAAUCUUGGCCAAGAUGAAUGGCUGGUAUUUCUCAUGUGUGUGUUUCCAUACUAGAUCCUCAUUUGUGCGGUCACAAUAUCAGCUGAGAGAAAUUAUCUUUAGUUUUUCUCAAGUACUGGUGUCAGCACAUCAUUUCAUGUUGCACUCCUAACAAUAGUAGGUGAUAAAGGAUAUAACAGCAGCGGUGAGAUGGCUGUCUUUGAUUUCAAAACCAUUACAACAGCCAACUUUGAACCUCUUUCACAGUGGGCUAUAGAAUCACCAGUUUGGAGCCAUGACCAAAUUAAGAAUAGUUUUACCCCAAGAAUCCUCUUCAAAUGCAAAAAGUGCAACAGUUUUGUAUAGUAGUGAAACACAUUUACCUAACACAUGAAAGAUCACAGGUCAAGACCAGGAGAAGUCACAAAUCCUGAAGUCCAACACACAGAUCCAUCUGCUGUAGCGACCUGCUGUGAAUGAGGGAGUAGCUGGAAGAAGCAUAAUUAAAAACUUCUUAUCGCGGGAGCAAUGACUGUAAAAUAUCAAUACAGUAAUGCACACAAGACGAGAGAUGUCAGAAUAAAUCAGGAAAUAACUAACGCUAAGACCAGGACUAAGAUAUAUAAACUUGACAGAACACGACGGGGAUGACAGAAAGAGGUAAACUAGAAUACAAGCAGACUGCAAUCAGGAUAUAAUACAUGACGAAUGAAAAUAAGAUCCUAAAGAGCCAAACAUAAACACAAGAGGCCCUCAAAAGACACAAGGAACAAAAUUCGAAAAUGUAGGUUCACGAUACUCCCCCAGCUCUCUCCCAGUCUAGAACUAGAACUAUAUAUAUAUAUUAGGGGUGCAACGAUACUCGUAUCGAUAUUGAACCGUUCGAUACAGUGCUUUCGGUUC